AUGCGUUCCAUCGCCUUCCUCCUCCCCGCGCUCGUCGCUGCUACCCCCAUCAUCAACGCCGGAUCUGACGGCUGGUCGGAUUCUCCGGACCCGAGCGAGAUCCAGAUCGACUCGGCUACCUUUUCCGGCAACGGCUGCCCCCAGGGUUCCGUCUCCACCAACAUCUCCCCUGACAAGACGGUCAUCACCUUCGGCUUCGACAAGUUCCAGACCUACAUCGGACCCGGCAUCAGCCCCACUGAGAAGAGCAAGAACUGCCAGCUUCACUUGGGUCUCAAGUACCCCGGUGGCUUCCAGUUCUCCGUCCUGGAGAGCACCUACCACGGCUACGCCCAGCUCGAGCCCGGUGUCACUGGGAACUUCUACAGCACCUACUACUUCAGCCAGGACGCGUCGGCGACCACCACCACCCAGACCUCCAUCACCGGCGGCGGCAUCUGGGAGGAGGGUCAGGUCUACACCAAGGCCGACCAGAUCCCCACGGCCAGCUACAUCUUCUCGCCCUGCGGCGCCAGCGGUAUCCUCAACAUCAACAACCGCAUUGCCCUGACCAGCACCAACUCGUCUGCCUCGGGCCUCAUCACCGACGACGAUGCUACCGUCGCUUUCACCCAGCAGAUCAACAUCGCGUGGCGCUCUUGCAACAACUAG